UGCAUUUUGUUUUUGUUGUGAUUUUUAAUGCUCGGUGUGUAGUGUAGUUUUCGGUUCGGAAUUAAUCGAAAAUGAACGAAUAUUUAUGGGAAUUUGCUCAGAAAUUGCCCAGUGAUAAUCCGUUUCAAGUCGUAUUGAAAUCUGCCUUAUCAGUUGCAGCAUCCAGUGAGGCCGACUUGGGGAAAACUAACAAUAAAUGGAUGUGUCGCAAGUGCAAAACGUUGUGGAUGCACGGUUACUUUCAAGUGGACGAGGUGGCCAGUACUAAUCGCUACGACAAACUUAUCAAAAAGUACCAGAACAAACCUUCCCGAACGAGAAAGCAACAAUCAUAUUUGGAUUACCUUCUAGGUCGGAAGCACGUGAUAGCGAAAUACACAUGCAAGUUGUGCUCUUAUAAAACACGCUUUAUCACCGAUAAACGCAACGCUAAACCCGUUCAGAAAUCUCUUACCUUGAACAAGGAACAUUUUAGUCCCUCCACCGCUGUCACCAACAGUAAGCGGAAAAAGCGCAAACGAGAUCCAACAGCAAAGCUUAGCAUCCCUUUGACGACCAAAGGUAACCACAAAAAUGCUAAGCAGACUUCGUUUAGCUCGAAGGAACCCAGUAAGUUGAAUGCCUUGGCCAAUAUGUUGAAGAAAAAGUCCGAAGGGAUGUCAUCGGCUGAACCGUUGACGGUCCAGGAUCGGCUGAAACUGUUACUCAAGUAG